AUGGAGCAAGUUAUAAACCAAGGGAUGCAGCUCCACCAAGCUAAAAUGCUGGCUAAGCUAAAUUAUGCCUACUUUAAGCAUUGCAACAUGUCGUCUACUUUCGAGGACAUAGUUGAUGAGCUGAAUGCGUGGAGGAUAAAGAUAAUGCAGCAGUUGGAGGAAAUAGUGCCAGCACAGGUGAAGGAGCUGCUGGAAAGAAUGGAGCAGGAACGCGUUGGCGACAUGGUUAGGGAGUUUGCGUAUGGUUGGUUUUUAGAGAUAGAAAAGCUGACAAAGGAAGCCAGACGCACGGGGGAGGACCUGGAGAUGCCGGACAUUUCGGAGGAACAGGAAACAAUCAACAUACUGUGGGCUAUGGUGAAGUGUGCAAGGGCCGAAGACCAGAAAAUUUUCCAGAUGUCCGAAAUUUAG